UAGAGGAUCGGAGACGGGGUGAUAGAAGGGGGAUCGCCGGGGAUCGGAGAGAGAGAGGGGGGGAUGGAGAAGGCAGGACAUAGAGGAUAAAGUAAGAGGAGGCUGAGAAAGUGGGGACACGCUGGAUGGAAGCGGGGAGAUCGGACGGCUCAGGACUCGGAGGUUGCAGAGAUCUGACAGCUGUGUGGCCAUGUGUGCAGCACCCCAUCCUCAGGACAGCAGCACAUAACCCUGCCAGGCUGUCCUCAGCACUGUGUCAGCAUCUGCUGGAGUGUCCUGUCCUUCUACCACCAUGAUCCCAACUGAAGAUGACACUGCUGGACAUUGUCACCAUAGGAGAGGUGAGUGACCCUACCUACCCCAAGGAUCCUACACUCACUCUGAUGAUGUCUGUCCUUCCUUCCAGCCAUGGACUGCACUCUUCAUUUAUUCUCAGGAAGGCUGAUUCUCUAGAAAGCUGAACUUUCAUGCUGUCCUGAAGUCAGGUCCGCCCCAUCUCACCAUAGACCAGCGAUCGUUUGCUGGUUGUCCAAAACUUGUUCGUCGCCCUUCAGUAUUCUAGUAUUGCACUAGCACUUUUGCUCUUUGCACUUGCCAUCAUGGAGCCUUGGAGACAGUGUGCCCAGUGGCUGAUCCGAUGUAAGGUGCUACCCCCCAACCACAGGGUGACCUGGGACACGGCGCAGGUCUUCGACUUGGCCCAAACCCUCCGAGAUGGGGUGCUACUAUGUCAACUGCUCAAAAACCUGCAGUCCAGCUCCGUCAACCUGAAGGAGAUCAACCUACGGCCGCAGAUGUCUCAGUUUCUUUGCCUUAAGAAUAUUCGCACAUUCUUAUCUGUGUGCUGUGAAGCCUUCAGUAUGAAGAAAAGUGACCUAUUUGAAGCUUUUGACUUAUUUGAUGUGCGGGAUUUUGCAAAGGUUAUAGAGACUUUGUCCAAGCUCUCCCAUACUGCAAAUGCCCUGUCAUGUGGAAUCAGGCCGUUUCCCACAGAGGAAAGUGUGCAAGAUGAAGACAUUUAUAAAGCUCUGCCUGAUUUACUUGAUGAAUCAGGGAUGGAGGAAGAUGAUGAACUGUAUUAUGACUGUGUAUACAGAGAGGAUGAAGGAGAUGAGGUUUAUGAAGAUCUCAUGAAGGUUGAAGUUGCAAUGCCCAAUAGGACUGCAGAGAGUGACAUCCGGAGCUGCUGCCUUUUAGAAAUUAAGCAGACAGAGGAGAAAUAUUCUGAGACCUUGGAGUCAAUAGAAAAGUUCUUCAUGGAGCCAUUGAAAAAAUUCUUGCCUACAACAGACCUGCAACAAAUAUUUAUUAAUAUCCCUGAACUGGUGAAAGUGCACAGAAGCCUCAUGCUUGAAGUCACAGACUCGAUUACGCAUAAAAAUAGCCAAAACCUCUACUCGAUCUUCCUGGCAUAUAAAGAGAGACUUCUUAUAUAUGGAGAGUACUGUAGUCAAGUGGAGUUAGCCAUAUCUAUCCUGGAUAACAUAUGUAAAACCAGAGAAGACGUCAAAUUAAAACUGGAGGAAUGUUCAAAGAGAGCAAAUAAUGGGAAAUUCACACUGCGUGAUCUUCUUGUUGUUCCUAUGCAAAGGGUCCUGAAAUAUCACUUGCUGCUCCAGGAGCUGGUUAAACACACUACUGAUGAUACAGAAAAAAAUAACCUGCGUUUGUCACUUGAUGCAAUGAAGGAUUUAGCUCAAUAUGUGAAUGAGGUUAAAAGAGACACAGAAACCAUGCGGGAAAUCGAGCAAUAUCAACAUUCCAUUGAGAACCUGAAUCAGCCCUUAAUACAGUACGGAAGACCGAAGGUGGACUGCGAGAUAAAGUUUAGCACACUGGAUAAACGCACAAAGCAGGACAGGUAUAUUUUCCUGUUUGAUUUGGCCGUUAUUGUGUGCAAAAGAAGAGGGGACAACUAUGAAAUGAAGGACAUAAUUGAUCUUCAAAAGUACAAAGUAACCAAUAAUCCAACUACUGACAAGGAGAACAGAAAGUGGUCUUAUGGCUUUUAUCUUACACAUAUCCAAGGGCAAAAUGGCUUUGAAUUUUAUUGUAAGACCAGAGACUUGAAAAAGAGACUGCUGGAACAGUUUGCAAUGGCCCUGUCUAAUAUUCGGCCAGAUAAUGCCUUAGAAAAUAACCAUGACUUCAAGAUGCAUACGUUUGACCGUGUUACAUCCUGCAAAGUGUGUCAGAUGCUACUCAGAGGAACUUUUUUCCAGGGAUAUCUGUGCUCCAAAUGUCGGACUGGAGCCCAUAAAGAGUGCCUGGGCAGAGUGGAGACUUGUGGGCGUGCAGACUGCGGGACGCUGAAGCAUGGGAAAGAAAAUGGGCCUCGGAGGACAAUAAGACACCCAGAUUCAGGCUUACCAAAGUUGCAAGUUAUAAGGAAUUACAAUGGUCACCCAUCACCCCCUAUAAGUGACGGUCCAUCCCUUGCUAUACAUGUUGGCGAUACCAUAGAGCUGCUAAGGGCUGAUGCUCACAGUUUGUUCUGGCAGGGAAGGAACAUUGCCACAGGGGAGCUUGGCUUUUUCCCAAGUGAUGUUGUUAAACCAAGUCCAUGUCCGGUUCCAAAGCCUGUGGAUUACUCUGGACAGCCCUGGUAUGCAGGUGCUAUGGAGAGACUUCAGGCUGAGAGUGAACUAAUGAACAGAGAGAACUGCACCUACCUCAUCCGACACCGAACGAAAGAGAGCGGAGAGUAUGCAAUCAGUAUUAAGUACAACAAUGAAGUGAAGCACAUCAAGAUAUUAACGAGAGAUGGCUUUUUUCGCAUUGCAGAAAAUAGGAAAUUUAAAAGUUUAAUGGAGCUUGUAGAGUAUUAUAAGCACCAGUCUCUUCGGGAGGGUUUCAGGAGUUUGGAUACAGCUCUUCUUUUACCUUACAAAGCUGUGGAAAAUCAGGUUGGCCAUGCAAGUAAUAGAUCUUCUGGGAUGUCCACGUCUGUGCUGUGUGGGUUUGCUUUUGUUACUGCGCCUGAGUACAGCUUUGUGCCCCCCUCCACUUCUCCCUUCUGGUCAGUCCUCAAUCCUAAGGUUCUAGGUAUUGCCAUUGCUCGCUACGAUUUCUGUGCCAGAGAUAUGAGAGAGCUGUCCCUGUUCAAGGGUGAUGUGGUGAAGAUCUAUACAAAAACAGGGACAAAUGGCUGGUGGAGAGGGGAAUCUAAUGGAAAGGUUGGCUGGUUUCCAUCCACAUAUGUAGAAGAAGAUGAGUGAAACUAAUUAUACAUACACUCAGUGGUUUCCUGACACCUUAAGACAACUGCCCUUCAAGAUCCUGUCUCCAGUCAAUGUGGAAAAGAGUUAACCAAUAUGGUCUUGGUGCAGCUUUAAGCAGUCCCUGGAUUCUCUACAGGACUAGUCAGAAUGCCCAUGCAGGAGACCCCAAAAAACCAUACUAUACCAAACACCAGAGCUUGCAAAUUUUGAGUCGGGGUGGCAUGCAAAAUUCCACAAGAGCUUUCUUGAAAUUUCUGUAAAUAACUUGUAUAUAAGAGACUUUUUAUAAGAAGAACCGUAUCCAUUUCCUAGUAUAACAAAAAGAACAUAAAUUAACUUAUACAUUGUUUGCAAAUAAAUAGUACUAAAACUCAAA